CCGGCUCCCGGAGCCCGCGGCUCGGCCAUGGCCCGAGCCCGCCCGCCGCUGCCGCCGCCGCCGCCGCUGCUCCCGCCGCUGCUGCUGCUCCCGCUGCUGCUGCCCGCCGGCUGCCGCGCGCUGGAAGAGACCCUCAUGGACACCAAAUGGGUAACGUCUGAGUUGGCAUGGACGGCUCAUCCCGAGAGCGGGUGGGAAGAGGUGAGCGGCUACGACGAGGCCAUGAACCCCAUCCGCACCUACCAGGUAUGCAACGUGCACGAGGCCAGCCAGAACAACUGGCUGCGCACAGGCUUCAUCUGGCGGCGGGACGUGCAGCGAGUCUAUGUGGAGCUCAAGUUCACGGUGCGGGACUGCAACAGCAUCCCCAACAUCCCCGGCUCCUGCAAGGAGACCUUCAACCUCUUUUACUAUGAGGCCGAUGGCGACGUGGCCUCUGCCUCGUCCCCGUUCUGGAUGGAGAACCCCUACGUGAAGGUGGACACCAUCGCGCCCGACGAGAGCUUCUCGCGGCUGGACACGGGCCGGGUCAACACCAAGGUGCGCAGCUUCGGGCCGCUGUCCAAGGCCGGCUUCUACCUGGCCUUCCAGGACCAGGGCGCCUGCAUGUCGCUCAUCUCCGUGCGCGCCUUCUACAAGAAGUGCGCGUCCACCACGGCGGGCUUCGCGCUCUUCCCCGAGACCCUCACGGGCUCCGAGCCCACCUCGCUCGUCAUCGCCCCCGGCACCUGCAUCCCCAACGCCGUGGAGGUGUCCGUGCCCCUCAAGCUCUACUGCAACGGCGACGGGGAGUGGAUGGUGCCCGUGGGCACCUGCACCUGUGCCACCGGCCACGAGCCAGCCGCCAAGGAGUCCCAGUGCCGCCCCUGUCCCCCCGGGAGCUACAAGGCCAAGCAGGGCGAGGGCCCGUGUCUGCCCUGCCCGCCCAACAGCCGCACCACCACGCCCGCCGCCGGCCUCUGCCUCUGCCACAACAACUUCUACCGCGCAGACUCCGACUCGGCCGACAGCGCCUGCACCACCGUGCCCUCCCCACCGCGGGGCGUCAUCUCCAAUGUGAACGAGACCUCGCUGAUCCUCGAGUGGAGCGAGCCCCGCGACCUGGGGGGCCGGGACGACCUCCUCUACAACGUCAUCUGCAAGAAGUGCCGCGGGGGGCCCGGGGGGACGCCCUCCUGCUCCCGCUGCGACGACAACGUGGAGUUCGUGCCCCGGCAGCUGGGCCUGACCGAGCGGCGCGUCCACGUCAGCCACCUGCUGGCCCACACGCGCUACACCUUCGAGGUGCAGGCCGUCAACGGAGUGUCGGGCAAGAGCCCCCUGCCACCCCGCUACGCCGCGGUCAACAUCACCACCAACCAGGCCGCCCCGUCCGAGGUGCCCACUUUGCACCUGCACAGCAGCACGGGCAGCAGCCUGACCCUGUCCUGGGCGCCCCCCGAGCGGCCUAACGGCGUCAUCCUGGACUACGAGAUGAAAUACUUUGAGAAGAGCGAGGGCAUUGCGUCCACGGUGACCAGCCAGAAGAACUCUGUGCAGCUGGACGGACUGCGGCCCGAGGCGCGCUACGUGGUGCAGGUCCGCGCCCGCACGGUGGCCGGCUACGGGCAGUACAGCCACCCUGCAGAGUUCGAGACCACCAGCGAGAGAGGCUCCGGGGCCCAGCAGCUGCAGGAGCAGCUUCCCCUCAUCGUGGGCUCUGCCAUGGCGGGGCUGGUGUUUGUGGCGGCUGUUGUGGUCAUCGCUGUUGUCUGCCUCAGGAAGCAGCGACACACCGCAGAUUCCGAGUACACAGAGAAGCUCCAGCAGUACAUUGCCCCUGGAAUGAAGGUGUAUAUCGACCCAUUCACCUAUGAGGACCCCAACGAGGCCGUGCGCGAGUUCGCCAAGGAGAUCGACGUGUCCUGUGUCAAGAUCGAGGAGGUGAUUGGAGCAGGGGAGUUUGGGGAAGUGUGCCGGGGCCGUCUGAAGCAGCCUGGCCGCCGGGAGGUCUUUGUGGCCAUCAAGACCCUGAAGGUGGGGUACACGGAGCGACAGCGAAGGGACUUCCUGAGCGAGGCCUCCAUCAUGGGCCAGUUCGACCACCCCAACAUCAUCCGCUUGGAGGGGGUGGUCACCAAGAGCCGCCCAGUCAUGAUCCUCACCGAGUUCAUGGAGAACUGCGCCCUGGACUCCUUCCUCCGACUCAACGACGGUCAGUUCACGGUCAUCCAGCUGGUGGGCAUGCUGAGGGGCAUCGCGGCAGGCAUGAAGUACCUGUCCGAGAUGAACUACGUGCACCGGGACCUGGCGGCCCGCAACAUCCUGGUCAACAGCAACCUGGUGUGCAAAGUGUCCGACUUCGGCCUCUCGCGCUUCCUGGAGGACGACCCCUCGGACCCCACCUACACCAGCUCCCUGGGCGGGAAGAUCCCCAUCCGCUGGACGGCCCCCGAGGCUAUCGCCUACCGCAAGUUCACCUCCGCCAGUGACGUGUGGAGUUACGGCAUCGUCAUGUGGGAGGUGAUGAGCUACGGAGAACGGCCGUACUGGGACAUGACCAACCAGGAUGUCAUCAAUGCGGUGGAGCAGGAUUACCGGCUGCCCCCACCCAUGGACUGCCCCACGGCCCUGCACCAGCUCAUGCUGGACUGCUGGGUGCGGGACCGGAACCUCAGGCCCAAGUUCUCCCAGAUCGUCAACACCCUGGACAAGCUUAUCCGCAACGCGGCCAGCCUCAAGGUCAUCGCCAGCGCCCAGUCGGGCAUGUCCCAACCCCUCCUGGACCGCACGGUCCCCGAUUACACGACCUUCACGACGGUGGGGGACUGGCUGGACGCCAUCAAGAUGGGGCGGUACAAGGAGAGUUUCAUCAGCGCUGGAUUCGCCUCCUUUGAUCUGGUGGCCCAGAUGACGGCGGAGGACCUGCUCCGGAUCGGGGUCACCUUGGCGGGCCACCAGAAGAAGAUCCUGAGCAGUAUCCAGGACAUGCGGCUGCAGAUGAACCAGACGCUGCCGGUGCAGGUCUGACACCUGAAUCCCACCGGGAGGGUGCCCCCCCCACUCCCUGCCCCCCAGGACGGCGCAGGAACCGACCGGCCAGCUGGACUCGAGGACUUUUGGGUGCCUGGCCGUUAGGCUGGUGGCCCAGAAGAUGGAAAUUUGGAGAAGGCCCCCGCGGGGACUUCUCCAGGCCGGGGCUCCCUCCCAGGCCAGUAUGGCCCAAACCUCUUCAUAUUGAAGACGGAUUAGGAGAGGGGGCAUGAGCCCUCCCCGAGCCCCCCGGGGCCCAGGCCUUUCUGCUUUCCAGUGGGGGGUUCCCCACCAUGUCAGACUUGACUGUUCAGUGCCGGGUUCCCAGCAGGGGCAGCUGGGAAAUAAGCCCCAGAUCCACCGGGCCCAGCCCUGGGAGGGAUCUGGUCCCCCCCAGGUAGGCAGAGAUUGGUCCCUCCCUCAGGAACUGGGGGAGGGGACUCCGGCCACAGGGAAAUGUGACGCCCUGUGAUGCGAGGAAGCCACCCGGCACCUUCAAGUUUGCACAGGGACUAGUUCUGGGGGCCAAGGGCCCAGCCCCACCCCCCGCCCUUGGUGCUGUCAUACAGGGGCCGGCAGGGGCCCUCCGAGGAGCAGCCCCUUGUCUCCCCACCCCCCACCCCCCAGAGACUGACUCUCCGAGCCAGAGACGGGAUGUGUGUGAGUGCGUGCAUGCGAGCGUGUCGGAGUGUGUGUGCGCGUGUGCGGAGGCAUGUA